GCGAGCCGUGGAGAUGGUGGAGCUGGACGUGAGGACCCAGACCCUCCUCAAGCCCCCGCCCGGCUGUGACCCCCCCUCCGCGCCCUCCCCGGUCCCCGUGCGCGUGGGGCUCCCGCACGUCUCCCGUGUCCUCUCGGAGGUGUUUGGGGACAGGAUGGCGGCGGGGGGGCGCGGGACCCCCGACACCUUCCCCCUGCAGCAGAAAGUCCUCGUGUGCUCCCUGCUGCUGCUCGCACGGCAGCUGCGCGCCCGCGAGGUGACGCUGGGCAAG